CAUCCUGUUAACACAGAGGUGUAUGUGGUUUUAUACAUAUUGUUUCAGGUCUGCAGGUGAAGGUGACUCCUGCUGCAGAGGGACAGAAGACACUGACCUGUAUCACCACCUGUACUCUGACUGACAACCCCACCUACAUCUGGUACAAGAACGGACAACGUCUAGAUGAGAGCACCUCCCCCCAGUACAAAGACUCAGUCUCCAGCAACUAUGAAGACAGUUACUCCUGUGCUGUAAAAGGCCAUGAGGAUCUCCUCUCUCCUGCAAUGUGUGUUCAGGGUCAGAGCUGCAACAGAGUGACUUACACCAAGAGGAGAAUCUGUGUCUUGAAGGGGUCAACAGUGGACAUAUCCUGUACUGUUGGUUAUUAUUCCACCACAUCAUCAUUCUGGUUUAGAAGUGAUAAGUCGACCCCUGAAGACCUAACCAGAGACCCAGGGUAUGCAGGUCGUGUGGAGUACACUGGAACAUACAGAGGUCCCUUCACCCUGAGAAUCUCAGAUCUGAGAGAGGAGGACUCAGCUGAGUAUCGCUUCACUUUUAAAACACACAACUUUGACUGGGGUCAUAGUUUCCCAGGAACAACUCUGUCUGUCACAGGUCUGCAGGUGAAGGUGACUCCUGCUGCAGAGGGACAGAAGACACUGACCUGUAUCACCACCUGUACUCUGACUGACAACCCCACCUACAUCUGGUACAAGAACGGACAACGUCUUGAUGAGCCCACUUCCCUGCAAUACUCUGUCAAUAGUUAUUAUUCAGACAGCUACUCCUGUGCUGUAAAAGGCAAUGAGGAUCUCCACUCUCCUGCAGUUUGUGUUCAGGGUCAGAGAUGCAACAGUGUGACUUACACCAAGAGGAGAAUCUGUGUCUUGAAGGGGUCAACAGUGGACAUAUCCUGUACUUAUGUUGGUUAUUAUUACACCACAUCAUCAUUCUGGUUUAGAAGUGAUAAGUCGACCCCUGAAGACCUAACCAGAGACCCAGGGUAUGCAGGUCGUGUGGAGUACACUGGAACAUACAGAGGUCCCUUCACCCUGAGAAUCACAGAUCUGAGAGAGGUGGACUCAGCUGAGUAUCGCUUCACUUUUAAAACACACAACUUUGACUGGGGUCAUAGUUUCCCAGGAACAACUCUGUCUGUCACAGGUCUGCAGGUGAAGGUGACUCCUGCUGCAGAGGGACAGAAGACACUGACCUGUAUCACCACCUGUACUCUGACUGACAACCCCACCUACAUCUGGUACAAGAACGGACAGCGUCUUGAUGAGCCCACUUCCCUGCAAUACUCUGUCAAUAGUUAUUAUUCAGACAGCUACUCCUGUGCUGUAAAAGGCAAUGAGGAUCUCCACUCUCCUGCAGUUUGUGUUCAGGGUCAGAGCUGCUACAGAGUGACUUACACCAAGAGGAGAAUCUGUGUCUUGAAGGGGUCAACAGUGGACAUAUCCUGUACUGUUGGUUAUUAUUCCACCACAUCAUCAUUCUGGUUUAGAAGUGAUAAGUCGACCCCUGAAGACCUAACCAGAGACCCAGGGUAUACAGGUCGUGUGGAGUACACUGGAUCAUACAGAGGUCCCUUCACCCUGAGAAUCACAGAUCUGAGAGAGGAGGACUCAGCUGAGUAUCGCUUCACUUUUAAAACACACAACUUUGAAUGGGGUCAUAGUUUCCCAGGAACAACUCUGUCUGUCACAGGUAAUACUACACUGUAUGAUACAACUGUAAACCAUAAUGAAUUACAGGAUAAAUAUAUUAACCAUCCUGUUAACACAGAGGUGUAUGUGGUUUUAUACAUAUUGUUUCAGGUCUGCAGGUGAAGGUGACUCCUGCUGCAGAGGGACAGAAGACACUGACCUGUAUCACCACCUGUACUCUGACUGACAACCCCACCUACAUCUGGUACAAGAACGGACAACGUGUAGAUGAGCCCACUUCCCAACAAUACUCUAGUAAUACCCUAGUAGUGUUGGGUCAUUCUGUGGACAGUUACUCCUGUGCUGUAGAACACCAUGAGGACCUCCACUCUCCUGCAGUGUAUGCUCCAAAGAACACCUCAGUGUCAGUCAGUCCCUCUGGUGAAAUAGUGGAGGGCAGUUCAGUGACUCUGACCUGCAGCAGUGAUGCCAACCCACCUGUGGAUAAAUACACCUGGUACAAGAAGAACGUAGCCUCACCAAAAGCAUCAGGACAGAGUUACAGCAUCACUAACAUCAUCUCUGAGGACAGAGGAGAAUAUUACUGUGAGGCUGAGAAUAAAUAUGGACGACUCAACUCUUCUUCUGUGUUUGUGGACGUUCAGUAUACUACAGCAUUGUUUCUCUGGGUUCCUGUGGUGGGGGUGGGGGCUGCCCUGACUGUUGGAGCUCUUCUUGUCACCAUCUACUGCUAUAUGAAGAGGAGACACACAGGAGGAAGUGAUGACACAGCAGACAGACAGAGUGUCCAUCCUGACCCCAACAGUGACAUGUACACAUCUCUGAACAUGAAGACCAGGUCACCAGAGUAUGACACCCUGGCAAAUGUGAGGGACUUCGCAGUGACACAGCCCUCAGAUACAUGCUGAGCCCUCCGAUUAUGAGAUCUUAAGAGAACCACCACAGAACCUGGACAAAAGAGAACCACCACAGAACCUGGACUGAAGAGAACCACCAAAGAUUCUGUACUGAAUAGAAUCUCCACAGAACCUGGGCAGAAGACAACCACCAAAUAUUCUGGACUGAAGAGAACCACCACAGAACCUGGACUGAAGAGAACCACCACAGAACCUGGACUGAAGAGAACCACCACAGAACCUGGACUGAAGAGAACCACCAAAGAUUCUGGACUGAAGAGAACCACCACAGAACCUGGGCAGAAGAGAACCACCACAGAACCUGGACUGAAGAGAACCACCACAGAACCUGGACUGAAGAGCAACAGCAUCAAACCAAAGCUCGGCCUCACAAUGUUAUUCUCCUACUAUCAUGUUGCUUUUUAAUCUAGAAGGUUUGAGACAAUGAGCUUUAACUUUUGAGUAAGUGCUGGAAUUUAGAUUGUUCUCCUUAUGAUAAAUACAGUUUGUGCACUACCAUUCAAAAGUUUGGGGUCGCUUAAAAUGUCCUUGUUUUUGAAAGAAAAGCAAAAAAAAAAGUCCAUUAAAAUAGCAUCUAAUUGAUCAGAAAUGCAGUGUAGACAUUGUUAAUGUUGUAAAUUACUAUUGUAGCUGGAAAUGGCAGUUGUUUAAUGGAAUAUCUACAAAGGCAGACAGAGGCCCAUUGUCAGCAACCAUCACUCCUGUGUUCCAAUGGCACGUUGUGUUAUCCAAGUUUAUCAUUUUAAAAGGUAAAUUAAUCAUUAGAAAACCAUAUUGUAAUUAUUUUAGCACAGCUGAAAACUGUUGUGCUCGCUGAUUAAAGAAGCAAUGAAACUGGACUUCUUUAGACGAGUUGAGUAUCUGGAGCAUCAGCAUUUGUGGGUUCAUUUACAGAUUCAACAUGUCAACUUAUCUGUUUACUAUCUGUAGAUUGUAUUGCUUAUCUUUUUUAUGGGAUUUUGCCAAUUCCAGAUUUUUAUAACAUAUAAAGUUAUGUCUUGUCUUAGUGACACUAAAAGGAAUAAUAUUGACCAGAGCUUUUAAAUGUUUGUAUCUCUGGAGUUGUUCCUGAUGUGUUAAAAUAUGUUUUACUUUGUAUUGCUGUCAGUCAUUACUGGUCAUUUUAUAUUUUAUAUUAUGUAAUACUAUAUUGUUCAGUGUCAUGAUAUUGCUUGUUUUAUUAUCAAAUAAUUAAUAAUGACAUAUUUUAGACACAUUGAAUACAGUAUAAGCAUCAUGUUGUAAAUAAGCUCAAAGGUAGACAAUAAAAA